UUCUGCGUUGUGUGUAGUCUUGCUACCUUCAGUGUGUGCAGUGUGCGAGUGAUGUCAACAGGUGUUUUGGCGUCGUUCUGGAAUUUUGUUGGUUUUUCGCAAAAUUCAUUUUGAAAAAGCUUUUGUGGUGUGUCAUAGAUUGUCUCAUUACUGGACGCAGUGUUUCACGUGGUGUUGUAGUAUUUGAAGUGUGAUAACAGGACUUCCAGCCGUGGAUUAUCGAGUUUCUGCCGUCACCUCAACCGAUGCGAUAAUUAUCACCUGAUCAAUCAACAUGUUCUUCAAUGGCGUAGAUCCAAUUCAGUCGUCUUCCACCGGGCUAAUCAUGAAUGCCAAUCUUACUUCCGUUAUGGCAGGCCAAAUUCAGGAGCAACAGUUUUGUCUCCGCUGGAACAACUACCACUCCAAUUUGUCGGCCGUGUUCGAUCAACUGUAUCAGAAUCAGAGCUUCGUGGAUGUUACUCUGGUUGGCGAAGGACGUUCGGUCAAAGCACACAAAAUGGUACUUGCGGCCAGCAGUCCUUACUUCCAGACAAUUUUUGCGGAAACACCCUGCAAACAUCCGGUAGUCAUAAUCAAAGACGUCAAAUGGGAAGAAUUACAUGCCCUAGUUGAGUUCAUGUACCGAGGCGAAAUAAAUGUAGGUCAGGAUCAGAUCCGACCGUUGCUCAAGUUGGCCGAAAUGUUUCAGAUUCGAGGAUUGGCCGACGUUAAACAUGAAGAUGUUCAGGUGCCGAUACAGGAAAGCAACGUCGAACAAUUUACCGUGUACACUGCACUGAAUGUGGACACCAGUCAGCUACAGCAAACAGUUCUCGCCGAGGAGCCAGACAACGUUUCCAAUGGAAAACGGAAAUCCAAGGAUCGGGAAUUGGCCCGAAAACAAACCUUGGAAACGUUACAUGUCCCCGUCGAAUGGCCCAGCGAUAACCCGGAGUCCAGAAGAGUGGUCGAGUCUAAGCCUAAACAUUCACGUAAACGAAAGCAGACGUCGGUUUCCAACGAAAAUUCAAUGAACAGUUUCGAUCUAACGGUGAAUCAGUAUCACGGUGAAGAUCCAACCACGAUUCCGUUGGCCACCGUUACGGUUCCUGUUUCAGCUGCUUCAGUAGUACCUUUUCAAUCGGAGGAAGACGCCACCAUGAAAAUGAGCUUUCUUCAAACCAAUCCGGUAGAUGACACAAAACUUAACUCUCAGGAAUGGAAAUCGACAACAAGCGAAUCUCGCACCAAGCAGAAAGCGCCCGCCUGGAAUUGGGCCCAGCUGCAGGAGGCGAUCGCGGCCGUCGUGACGCAACGGUUGCGUUUCACUCAAGCAUCCGCCCUGUACAACAUCCCCAAGGGAACACUGUACGAUAACAUCCUCGGUAAGGCCCACCGCAUGGCGGUCCUCCAAGAUCUGGCGCUCAGUCCGGCGGAAGAAGCGGCCGUGUUGGAGUUCUGCUGCGAUACAACCAACUCACCGUACAACAAACGAACCAAAAAGUCACUGAAAAGCAUUCUCGAAUUUCUGACCCGCUUCGAGGCCUACCGCAGCAAGUCCGACCGGUUCAAGUUCGGUGGGAAACCCGGUUUCCGCUGGUGGUGGGCCUUCUGUCGGAAACACUCGAUCGUUUCGCUCUACUACGAGGGAAUGAAAACCGAGGAGAGCAACCAGGAUGUCAUCAAAGCAGAGCGCAAAAGUACGGACUUGGAUGACGAGGAAGAAACGCCAUGAACUGUAACUGCUGUACGAUGGAUCAAAACGCCGUUUUUUUGUGCCUUAUAAAGUAAUCGCUUGUGAUUGAAACAUUCUCGUUAGGAGCUAAGUAAUGAUUGCAAUGUAUGCAGCUAAUAGGAUUGUAAUCAUCA